AUGCAACUUUCUCUUGCUCUCAUCGCCACUGGAGCCACGGUGAUGGCCUCGUUGCAUGCUGUGCAGGGCCAUGCCUACAUCGUAGACCCCGAUGCACAGUGGCUUGAAGGGUACCCGAACAACGGGUAUGGAAGCACCAUUAAAAGCGAUGUAUGGGGAGUGAUUAACAAUGAGAAGUUUGGUUACGGGCCAAACGGAUCCAUCAAUUUCUUUAGGCAUAAGUUUCCGACAUCGGGCUAUGCCUCAAUGGGCGCCUUCAUUGCCAAGAAUCAGGAGCUUUUCAGCAACAAGGUAGAUCCUGACUGCGGAUGGACAGUCUACAAAGACUCGGCACGUUCCAAGUUGCCAGCGUCGGAGAUUACUUACAGCGGUUUCACGCACCCCGGGCCUUGCGAGAUUUGGUGCGGUGAAACUAAGAUUAAUUUUAGCUUCGACUGCCAGAAAAAGUUCCCCGCCAUACCGGCGAAGAUACCUUACGAUAAGCAGAAGUGCGCCAAUGCUAACCGCUUGACGAUUUACUGGCUUGCCCUACACGGCGACCCAUGGCAGGUAUACACGAAUUGCGUGUGGCUGGAAGGCGGCUUUGGCAAAGGUGAACCGCCGUCAGCUGUGGGCAAAGGCUCAUCAAAGGUUGUCGCAGACCCAAAUUUGCCAACGGCCACAUUGACAGCGCCAAGUAACGCAACUCAGAAGAUAGCUGGCGAGGCCGACUACACUAUUCCUGACACCGGAAAAGAGGAAAAAGAGGAAAAAGAGGAAACGGAUGCUGAUACUACGGAUGCUCGUAGCAUACCCACAACUAGCACGAGUGCAAAGUGCGUUCGUCGCCGUAACUAG